AUGAGCUGCUGCUGCUCCCCUUGCUGCCAGCCAACUUGCUGCAGAACCACCUGCUGCAGGACCACCUGCUGCCAGCCCACCUGCUGUGGCUCCAGCUGCUGCCAGCCUUGCUGCUGUCCAUCCUGCUGUGGCUCCAGCUGCUGCCAGCCUUGCUGCCGCCCAGUUUGUUGUCAGACCACCUGUUGUAGGACCACCUGCUGCCAGCCCAACUGCUGUGGGUCCAGCUGCUGCCAGCCUUGCUGCCGUCCAUCCUGCUGUGGCUCCAGCUGCUGCCAGCCUUGCUGCUGCCCCAGUUGCUGCUACACAACCUGCUGCCGGCCAGCUUGCAGUGGCCCCGUGUACUGCUCAAGAACCUGCUACCAACCAACGUGCUGCUGUGUGCCCGGUUGCCUAGCCAAUAGCUGUGGAACCAGCUGCUGCCAGCCUUGCUGCCGCCCAAGCUGUUGUUAG